CACGGCUAGCCUGGUCGUUCCCAAUCAGGUCCGAAACAUCACUAUAUAAAACACCGCCUUGGCACGGUAACUGUCUAUAGAGACUCGACUUGCAGAUAUGUCUGGUCGUGGUAAAGGUGGUAAGGGCCUCGGGAAAGGGGGUGCUAAGCGCCACCGCAAGGUUCUGCGCGACAACAUUCAGGGUAUUACCAAACCCGCUAUUCGUCGUCUGGCUCGUCGUGGUGGCGUAAAGCGUAUUUCCGGUCUCAUCUAUGAAGAGACCCGCGGGGUGCUGAAGGUGUUUCUGGAAAAUGUGAUCCGGGACGCUGUCACCUACACGGAGCACGCCAAGCGCAAAACUGUCACCGCCAUGGAUGUGGUUUACGCGCUUAAGCGCCAGGGACGUACCCUUUACGGCUUCGGCGGUUAA